AUGCAUGCACAGGAAGGUGACACGGAGGGAAUGGCGGGACCAGCAGUGCCCCCAGCUGACAGCGAUGGGGAGGAGGGAGAUGCUUGGGAUGGCAGGGGCCCUGGAGAGCCAGACGAGCAGGAGGACCCCUAUCGGCUGCCUGUCACAUCAGAAGUGGCGCUCGAAGGCCAAGGGAAGCUGGUGGCGUCCUUGGACAUAGACCACAGCGGGUCCAGGGUGGUGGCGGGCUCCAGGGACUACACCGUGAAGCUGUUUGACUUCAACGGCAUGAAGUCGGACCUGCGCAGCUUCCGCAGCGUGGAGCCCUUUGAGGGCCACCCUGUGCACGCCGUGUCUUGGAGCCCCUCAGGUGACGCCUUUCUGGCGGUGACGGGCUCGGCGAAGAUCAAAGUGUUCGACAGGGACUGCUCAUUGCGUGGGGAGAGUCUUCAGGGGGACAUGUACAUCCGGGACCAGCGCAACACCAAGGGCCACGUAUCACCCUGCACCUACGGCCAGUGGCACCCUACUGACAGGUACACAGCCUUGACGUCCAGCGAGGACGGCAGCGUGAGGGUGUGGGACACCUGGAAUGUGGUGCAGAAGACAGUGAUCAAGCCCACGCUGAAGAAGCCGGGGCGCGUGGCUGUCACCGUGGCGCGUUACAACUCCAACGGCCACAUCAUCGCCGCCGGACUUGCCAACGGCACCAUUCAGCUCUGGGACCAGGACUGGCGCUACGUGUCGGGCGGCGGCCAGUACGUGCAUGGCGCGCAUGCGGCCGAAUCUGACAUCACCUCCCUGGCCUUCCUCCGCGACAGCAACACCAUGCUGUCCCGCGGCGCCGACGCCACCCUCAAGGAGUGGGACCUGCGCAAGUUCAAGGCGCCGGUGCACGUGUGGGAGGGCCUGCCGGCAGACAACGCGACGACGCAGGUGGCGCUGAGCCCGGACGAGCGCCUCAUCCUGACGGGCACCAGCGCCGGCCGCGACGGCCAGGGCGGCGCACUGCUGUUCUUCGACCGCGCCAGCCGCCAGCUCGUGCGCCGCAUCGGCAUGCCCUCCUCCGUCGUCGCCGUGCAGUGGCACCCCAAGCUCAACCAGAUCAUGCUGGGCGUCGGCGACAAGAAGGCUGGGAACGUGCGGAUACUGUACGACACUACAUGGAGCACACGCGGCGUGCUGCAGUGCACCGGCAGAAAGCCACGCCCCAAGGAUGCCUUCGACUUCCAGGCGCCGUUGGUCAUCCACACGCCGCAUGCGCUGCCGCUGUUCCGGGAGGACAAGCCGGGCGGCAAGCGCAAGCGCGAGAAGGACCGCAUGGACCCCGUCAAGAGCCGCGCGCCCGAGCGCGGCUCCGCGGCGGACCUCGGUGUCGGCACCGGCGGCAAGAUCGGCGUCACCGGCGGCACUCUGCUCACCCAGUAUAUCCUUAAGAAUCAGGGCAUGCUGCGCAAUCCUGCAGACGAGGACAUCAGAGCGAGCAUCUUGCGGCAUGCUGGGAAGGAGGAUCAGUUCAAUCAGUUUACAAAGGCGUAUGAGAAGACGCAGCCGGAGCGCAUCUUUGCCAAAGAGGAAGAGGAGGAAGGUUCUGACAAGGAGGAUUGA